AUGUCACAACCUAACAUAGAUCACAUACCUUCAUCAUCUUCACCCACCCAUCAUCGGAUCACUGUUGAUGAGAAUGAAGAUCAAAAGGGAUUAAGCACGACACCUCCAAAAAAUACUGCAAAGAGAUAUGCCACUUAUGAAUUAAAUUGGCAAGAUAACAAUAGUUCCGAUUAUUUCGAUUGUGAUUCAAAUGAUGACACACCUGAUCAUAACAUUAAUUCACAAAAUAAUAUCUCUGUGGAUGAUUCCGUACAGCCUGCUAGAUGGUCUUCACCUAAAACACCACCACCUACAAUUCCAUCAACUUCCGCUUCUCAAGAACCACCACAACAGAAUGAUCAACCUAGAUCCACUUCACCUCCUCAUUCCAAGAUAUCAAUCUCCCCAAUCGAUACUAUGAGCCGACCUGAAUCACGUGACUCGACAGAAAGUGAACCUCAAUCACCUUUUGGAGGGAUUACGGUUACAACUGUUAAAGUGGUAGAAAUACUCCAUAGUCCUACACAAUCUCCUAAUGAAGAAGAUUCUUCAUCGGAAUUUUAUCCUGUAGUUAACGAACGUAAGCAAAAGGUUAAUAGGUUUUCACUUCCACCGACGCCACAGCAUCAGCCACCUUUGCCAAAAUCACGCGUCAAAAAUAUUUCAACCGAAGAUUCUAAAAUGUUGAAACAGAAAAAACGUUCGUCAAUGAUGCGUUCUCAAAAAAUUAGAGGAGGGAAAGGGAAGAGUGUUAGCACGAAUGGUAAACAAUCGGCGUUCAUUAUACCAAAUGAACAACCUUUUAUUGACCCAAGAUUAUUAGCACAACGAUCUCCUUCAAAAACAAACCGAAGGCAGGUAAAACGAGGUGGAAAUGCUAAUAAAAAAAGAAUGUCUCAAAGGCAUAUGGAUUUCGCACCUACCUCGAACCCAGUACAUUCUAACGAUCCUACAGAUAUGGAAGCUGAUUUACCUCCCGUUAAAAAUCAAAUGUACCCAUGGUUACCGGGACCUUCUAAACCACCUCAAUUAAUUCAUGCCUCAUUAGUUCCCCUUCCUCUUCUUUUAUCUUCCAAUCCUAAUCGUUUAUCACGCGACAUUCCUCAAAGGAAACGCGAGUCAAUCAUUGUACCAAAUCCAAAUCGUGCGUCAUUAGUUUUUAGACGUCAGCUUUUAGAGGAAAGUUUGAUGAUGUCGUUUGGUGGAAUGAUGGGUAAUGUUAAUAGUAAACCUCAACCUACCCAAGUAUCAAGACCAAUAAUUAAACGAAAAACAAAAAAAGGUAGUAAUGCCAAAGUAGAAGAUAGAGAAGCAAGACGAGAGAGACGAAGAAAAGAAAAAUUAGAAAAACGACUUGCCGAAGAACUGACGAACAAUAGCAAUUAUCUAAAUGGUCAAAUAGAAGGGGUAAAAUUAGAAAAUAAGAAUGGUGACAACAAAGUCACUAAAACUUUAGAACAGGAUAGAAUUUUAGAAUCUCAAGAACUUGCUGAAAAAGUUAAAAUGCGUAAAAAAGAAAUUCAAUCUUCACCGAGUAAAUCAUCACAGGAUACAACAAUGAACGAUUACUUUCCACGACGAAGAUCUAAGGAUGAUGUUUCAUCAUCACUAGCCCAUUUAGCUCAUUCGAAUUUAUCCCUUGAACAUACAUCAAGUAAAGAAAGAUUGAAUCGUAAACAAACACCAAGUUCCCCGCCAAGUUCACCAUCAUCGUCCUCUGCACCUGUGUCACGCACUAUACUUCCUAUUCAUUUGGAAGAAAGUGAACCGGAUUUAAUUCAACCAAUGGCUUCUUCACCUUUGACUUCAAAUAAAUAUCAAAAAGCUGGAAUUAAUAUUUUAGGAGGAAUAUUUAAUAAACAAACAGCAAAGGAUGUUACUAGCCCACCAGUUUCGCAAAAUACUUCGCCUGUAUUACAUCCAACACCAUCUCCUUUAUCACCAAGAUCACCAACAACACCAGUUCCGUUAGUAUUGCCAUUACGUUCACCUAUUAAUAAUCCACCACAAUCUCCACCAUUAAGUCCAUCAAGAACUUUGAGAUUUCCACAACAGUUGCCACGAAUAGGAGGAAGACCUCGCCGAGGAUUUGAAAAUGACCCGAUCAGUCCUCCCGCUAUUCCGGACACAGAAAAAUUAAGAAAGAUGGAAAAGUUUGAAGCUUUAAUUGCUAAUUCAGAAAUAUCAAAUAGUAAAAAACCGAUCACUGGAAAAAUAAAAGCCCUUAUUACAAACACUACUACAGUUGUAACGAAUGCUGCUUCUUCAAAUAUCACUACUUCUAAUCCUAGUUUUGAAAAGAAGAGAAAAGCAGCUGAUGUAACUGGUGUUCCUUUAAAUCCUAAUCUUCUCGGACCUUCAAGUGAAUCACAAAGAGUGAAUGGGCAAAAAAAUUCAUGUAGAAGUUCUUCGGCGGCCAUUUCUAUAGCUGGAUCUGUUCAUUAUAGACCAGAGGAAAAAGCAGAAUUAGGAAAACCAAGUCAAAUAGAUGAAGAUGGUGUUAUAAGAGUGACAUUAACUCCGGCAGUUUGUCGAUGA